AUGGGAAUUAAGAAACUUGGGGGCUGUUGUUGCUUUGAUUUGAAGACCGGAGUGGUUAUAAUUGGUAUUUUAGGAAUUAUUGUAAGCGUUGGAAAUCUCAUAAAAGCGCCGUUAGACUACAGCAGUGCGUGCAGCGAUGGAAAAACUACUGAGAAUAAUGAAAAUUGCGCGGAUGCUUCUUCAAGAUUAGGAGGAUCAAUUGCUUCUUCUGUUAUUGUUCUUAUUUUAAUGUUUCUUAUGAUUUAUGGAUCGCAAAAGGACAACCAUCGAUUUAUGCUGCCGAUCCUUAUAUUAAAGGCUAUUUCAAUAGUACUUUCAGUAAUUGCGAUAUGGUACUUGAUUAUUAUCUUCUUUGUAGUAUCUGUUGGAAUGGGAUUCUUAGUACUGGUUAUCGGCAAUGCAGUGAUAGUGCUUAUUGUAUACUUCUGGCUGGUUAUCUACAGCCGCAGUGAAGAAAUCAAGGACGCUAAAUUUUCAUCCGGAGGUUGCGCUUAA